CUGAGUCUGGCGGUUACAAGCUAAGACAUGUUUUCCCGUCUUCGCAAGCGUUUUGGGAGGGGGAACGUCGAUUGUGGAGAGACUAGAGUGAAGGAGUCUGGCCUUCCGUCUCAAAGUAAUGAUGGACAAAGACAGCACUUCUGGGGAAUGUGGAAUGCUGGGAGAGAAACAUCAUCCCCUGGCACUGAACUAAGGGAGAAGCAGGCCAAGAAGGAAAAGGAGAGGCUGAUUAAAGAGCUGCAGCUCAUUACCGAGGAGAGAAAUGACCUGAGAGAUCGCCUGAGGUUUCUGACAGAGAGAUCCAUGAAGAACAGGCCACACUUCAGGCCAAAUCCAUAUUAUGAAGACCUGGAGAGAAUGGAGGAGGCGGUCAUGUCAAUUCUGCACAACUUAGAGAUGGAGAACACUGAGGUCCAUGAGAACAACCAUAAGCUGAAGAAGGAGAUUACCUUCUCUAGAAACCUGCUCAGCCAGCUCCUGAUGGAGAACACAUGUAAGAAGAAGUUGGUCCCACUGAAGCAGGAGAGCAAGGAGGUACAUCUUGAUUGUGCACUGAACCAGAAAUAUUUGGUUGACUUCAACAAGAAAGAUAAAGACCAUCAACGGCCAGAACCAGCAUUAUCAGGUCUCAGAAAGUGCAAGAGAGCUGGAAUUGGACACACCCCAGUAAGAGAGCUUCCUGAAGAAUAAGUUGCUUUCUCAGGAGUCCCUGAUGACCAACAUCCUGAAUGAAAACAGCACUUGAGAGACAACUUGGGGGACCGCCUUUCAUUAUGUGUGCCAGAGGAGAAACAGCAAUACGUCUGUGCUUCUAAAUGUUCGUUAAGAAUAUGCUUUUAGAAAUAUUUUUGUUAUGAUUUUAAUUGAAGUUUUCUUUUUGUUGUUUCAUAUUUAUAUGUUCUUGUUACUAUUUUUACUUUAAAAUAUUUUUAAAUAUUUUUAUUCAUUUUAAUCCUGUUUUGUUGUAAAAAUGUAUUUGUUAUGAAUAAAAAUUGAAUUCUAUCUCUUGACUCUUAAGACCAUCAUUCUUACUCAAGGGUUCUGUCCCCUCCUGUGGACCUAGAACUGACAGCUGGAGAUGGAUCUCUGCAUGUUCCAUGGAGCCUGGGCUAAUAAGUGAAUUCAAAGUCACCAAGCGGUA